UUGAUCGUUGGAGAGAGCGCGCGUCAGAAUUCAACAGCUGCACUGUGAGGACUCGCCAAGUAGAACAAAUAUGAUUCACAUCCAAACAAUUGAAUAGGUGAGCUGGCCCACCGGCAGCGAAACGCGUUUUGCGUGUGAAAUGAAGAAGCAACUCACCCAGUCUGCUUCGCUCUCUACUGAACUCAGUCGCUCGUAGUAUCGGUGUCAUUAAUAAUCCGGAAAUUCACAGUUGGUAAGGUAUUGUUUGGUGAGUUUCUAGCUACUGUUUGGUCGAAGUCGAGACAACAGGAAAAGUGUUGAGUUUGCUAACGCUAAGUGUCGUUGGAAUGCGUUGGAGUUCGUGUGUUUAACGUUAGCGUAUCGUUAAGUUACGUUACUUUAUCGGGGGUUAAGUUCUGAAACUGGCGUUAAAGAAAUCAAUGAGCGACAACGUUCCUAAUAAUCUGGACAGGGUGUACAGCGUCGUUGUUCCACCUUCAGAGGACAAUGCCGACUCACUCGCUGCCACCGUUUGUGGAGAGCCCGGAUGGACUUGCCCAAGAUAUUCUUAUUAGUAACAACGCAAGCAUCCCAGGACCCGGCUCUAGCAUGACACCACACGCCAGCUACUCAGAAAAGGCUGUGUUGCAAUCCGAAGGAAGCGUACCGCUGUCUUGCAUGUUCUGUGAUCAGAAUUUCACUCAUCAGGACGAGCUAGGGCCCCACGUGUUAACGCAGCACCCCACCACUUUCUCUGAGCCAGCGGUGCUUAGGGUCGAAGCGGAAUUCCGGAUCCCAGGAGAGCGACCCCGGCCCAAACCCAGCAGCCUCCCUAUCGAAAAAGAGGAGGUCACCAGCUGUAUUGUGUGUGGGCAGGUGUCGCAGGAUGCGUGUGAGCUGGAGACCCACAUGAGGAAGCACAAGGACUACUUUACCUACUGCUGCAAUGUCUGCGGACGGCGGUUUAGAGAGCCGUGGUUCCUAAAGAACCACAUGAAGAUGCAUGUGAAACCGGGAGCAAAGAGCAAGGCCCAGCAAGACCUGGAGACCCCCGUCACAGUCAAUGGUAUUGUCCAAGACCCGGCUUCAGAACCUGUAGUCACGGUUUACAAAAUGUGCAUGGUUUGUGGGUUUUUCUUCCCCGACCAUGACAGUUUGGCUGAACAUAGUAAAGUACACAAUCGAGAGGUGGAGCCCGGCAAAGAUAAAGACGAGGAGAAAAUUGAAGGCACUGCUGAAUCUCUUGCCAAACAGGAAACGUUUCUUCACAGUCUAAACCUCACACCUCGCUCCUCGGGAGAAAGUUUGCAACGUGAGAGAUCGUCAAAAUGGAUUCCCCAGCUGGAUCCCUUCAACACGUAUCAGGCGUGGCAACUUGCUACGAAGGGCAAGAUAGCAGUUGGUCCUAAUAAUAUAAAAGAUAUUGGCCAGGAAGCCAGCACAGACAAUGAGGAAUGUGGCUCCGAUAAGGAGGAGCUGAAUAAUAUUUGGUCUGAGGGCCAGGGAGACAAAGCUACAAAAGAGGUCCUUGGGAGAGAGCUCCGGUCCCAGCCGCAGACUGUAGCGGAGAACGCAGCGCCGCAGCGGCGGUCUCUGAUGCAAAAGAACAAGGACAAAGAAAGGCCAACCACCUGCGAGGAAUGUCAGAGAACCUUCAGGACCUACCACCAGUUAGUUCUCCACUCCAGGGUCCACAAGCGUGAGAGAGGCGGCGAAGAGAGUCCAACCAACUUUGUUGAUGGGAAGUUGUCGAGUGCAGGCUCACUUGAGCACGCAGAGGAAGGCUGCGAGGAGGGCUUCGAGGAAGCAGCAAUGGCAGAAAACCUGGGACCAGGUGAAGAUGGUUUUGAUCGCUCAAAAGUCCGCUCAAAAGGAUGCAGUUACUGUGGCAAAUCCUUCCGAUCGAGCUAUUACCUCACAGUUCAUCUGAGGACUCACACAGGUGAAAAACCGUUCAAGUGUGCUUACUGCGACUACGCUGCGGCCCAGAAGACGUCGCUGAAAUAUCACCUGGAACGGCGCCACAAGGACAAACCUUACGUGGACAUUCCCAGCAGACCCGUGCCUUUAGCGCCCUCUCCCAGCGAUACAAAACGCGGAAAUGACAAUGAAAAUCCCGCUCCGAAUAGAUCCAAACUCUGGGUCACUGUGGCCAGACCGCGCACCACCGGAACGCCAGAGGACCGAUUUGAUAGCCUAGGUAGCAAGCAUGACAAACCACUCGUCCAGACGAAUGCGGAGUAUGAGAAGUUAAUUGCUAACUCCGCCCCCUCCCCGACUGACGACGUGGUAGUAAAGUGCCCCGUGCCCAUUAACCUGAAGAUGGAAAGGGAGGCGAUAAAAGACGAGAACUCUGAGGCCCCAUUAAAUCUGUCCUUAAAAGUGUCUCUCUCCAUCCCUGCUACUGCAGAACCCAGAAACGCAUUAAUUCCGAUUGGCUGUCCGUUUUGUGCAUAUAAAACCAUGUACCCAGAGGUUCUGACGAUACACAAAAAGCUCAUUCAUAAAGACAAGUCGGACAGCAUGAAAAAGAAUGGAUUCGGCAGUUUAAAACAGAAACGUUUUACCGGUUGCCCCCCUGCGCUCGAAGGGAAAGAUGUCCCCCCACUUCCAACGAUUGACCGGCGCCACCCUCGUCGGACCAAGUCCCCACCCCCUCAACCCGCAAAGCCACAAGAGAAGACUCCGAUUAACCCACCUAAUGCGCCACAGCGCUCCCCUGUCCACACGCCCGUACACGACGUGGUCCAGGAGACCCAGCGUUGCACAAUUAACGUCGACGCGCACCCCAGUCAGGAGUCGUCCAGGUACACGGAGCUCAUGAGGAAGUCCAAGUAUGCCACGGAGCGACCCGCCCCCCCCGACAGAGUGGGAAUCGGGGAGAGGAGUUACCCAGUGAGAAGCGGCGUCAUUUGGCACUCGGACGCGGCCAGGCUGUGCCUGUCGAGCAGGUUCGGGAGCCUCGGCCAGAUGGAUUUCGGUGAACCCUCCAGCAAGAGAUUGAAGUACAUGCUACCUCCAGCCAGGGAGGCGGACACCGGGGAGAAGCCUGGCUUUAGAGGACCAGCGGGGAAUGUGUCCAGCAGGCUGCUUCUCUCAGGGAGAAGUGUGAAAGCCCCGUCGCAAAUGUCGGGUCCGUCCGCAGGUUCUGAGACCUUGGGCUCUUUGAAGACUACGUCUGCAGCUAUUGGAGGAGGCUUGGACACCGAGUGGAGCAUGAUGAACCUCCUGCGCUCCUACACACCCAAUGACCUGGCGUCUCUCUAUCACAGCACGGCAGCCAACCCCAGUCACGGAGGACUGGCCAACCCCAGAGCAGGGGGCAGAACUGUGCUGUACCAACACCUACCCACUCUGCACAACCUUCAGAGGAGAGACCCCUCGGGCCCUUUCCCUAAUCCUCAACGCUACGGGACCACUGACAAAAGCACCUAAAGUGGCAUCAAGAUUUGAACUGUACGUCUCCCUUAUUUUGGAGUAGUUCUUGGAAAGGUGUCUGGG